AUGGUUCUCGCAUACCAACUCUUCGACAACUUAGACGGGAAACAGGCCCGUCGCCUUGGCCUCUCCAGUGCGCUCGGGCUCGUAGUAGACCAUGGUUGUGAUGGUAUCAACAUCGUCAUGAGCACCUUCUCAGCUGCUGCUCUAUUCCAAUUCGGAGCAGGCUUAAGAACUCUGACUGUACUCUUCAUGGCUUCAACUCAGUUCUUCUUCGCAGCUUGGGAUGAAUACUAUCGGGGUGAAUUCAUCCUCCCCUACAUCAACGGUCCGAACGAAGGAGUCCUUAUUCUCGCCAGUAUAUACCUCAUGAGCUCUCAACUGGACGAUCAUACCACUUUCUGGCACGUACAGGAGACAUUACCUUUCAUUGGAGGCCGCUUUGAACGACGUGACGUGGCAUUAGCGCUGUAA